AUGUUCCUUAAGUUCCUGAAAUGUAGCGGGACGCCAGGUGUGGACAGUUUCUUCGCCACGGUUUCCUACCGCUACGGACACUCCGAGGUCAUGGACAUCAUACCCCGCAUCGACGACGAAGGUCACGAGGUGCCGGCUGGCCACCUGCUGCUGUACGAGUCGUUCUUUCAGCCCACCAAGGGGCUGGCCGCGGGAAUCGAACCCCUGCUCAGGGGCCUGGCCUUCUCUCAGCAGGCCGCGGGCGUUCCGCACUUUCCCAACGCGCUGCAGACGUACCUGUUCGGCGCCCCCAUGCACGGCGGCACGGAUCUCUUCGCCAGAAACAUCCAGCGAGGGAGAGAUCACGGCAUUCCAGACUACAACUCGGCGAGACAGCACAUGGGCUUGGAGAGGAAGACAUCGUUCGAAGAUAUAACUACCGAAAUCUAUCUCCAGCGUAUCUUGGAAGAGACGUACGGAGACGUCGACAGCAUCGACGCCUACAUUGGCGGCCUUGCUGAGGAUGCGUAUCUGGACUCUAACAUAGGCGAGCUCUUCUACGUGUCCAUGUUGGACCAGUACGUCCGCAUUCGCAAUGGCGAUCGAUUCUACUUUGAGAACAGCCGCAAUGGGCUCUUCACAGAGGAAGAGAUCAACACCAUCCGCGCCACAGGCCUCCGUGACGUGAUUCUCCGCAACACCAUGAUCAAGGUCAUGCCCGAAAAUGUGUACGUACAAGAUGUCAACCAGCCCUGGCCCAGACAGACUACCAGCGAGCCCGAGGCGCCCGGUGAAACUCCCUCCUCAGGCUCCCCGGCGGCUCCAUCCGCCGUGCCCUCAAAAGAGCUGAAGGAGGGAGUGUACACUCUGGAGUGGAGCAAGGAGGAGAUCGGGGGCGAAGAUUAUCUUACCUUCGACUUGAACGUGAAGGCGGAGGGCUGGGUGGGCAUUGGUAUUGCGAAAGAUUUCUCGAGCAAGAUGGUGGGCGCCGACAUCAUCGUCGCCUCCGUGUCGUCCUCCGGCCAAAUAACGCUAGACGACUACUACUCCAACACCUUCUCGGAGCCUCAGAGGGACGCUUCCCUGGGGGGCACCAACGACGUGGAGCUGCUGAGCGCCUCCCGCUCGGGCGGCUUCACGAACGUGGAGUUCAGGAGAAAGGUGUCGACGGGGGACCAAUUUGAUCGAGCGAUCAAGACCAGCGGAGAGACGGACAUCAUAUUUGCGUGGCACUCCAGCGAAGGCAGUCUUCGAUACCACGGGGCCUCGAAUCGCAACCGCGCUGCUGUGAACUUCAUGGCGCCGUUUUCAGCACCUCCAGCCAGUGACCCCGUCUCAUCAUCAACAGGAGGAGAAAUACUUGUGGAUGUCGUAUCGGGAUACAAGCUGUCGUGGAGGGUUGUGUCUGCAUCUGCUGGAGACAUGAUCCACUUCACACUGAGCAUGACAGAUUCCAGUGGCUCGGGAAACGGCUUCAUGGCUCUGGGCAUGGAGGGCCCCGACAAGGGCUUCAGCCAGGCUGACGUCAUCGUGGCGCACAGCGCCAACGGCCAGUGCACCGUGCGCGACUACUGGUCCCAGGCCUCGGAUGAUCUCAGGCUGGACACCUUCCUGGGGGGCACAGACGACGUGAUGGACGCGUCCUGCGCCGUGUCCGGCGGCAAGAUCGUGGCCACCUUCAAGAGGGCCGCGGCGCCCGUGGACCCCAUGGACCGCCCGGUCGCCUCGGGCGGGUUCACCGACAGCGUGCUGGCAUGGGGCAGCACGCCGGUGGUGGACUUUGUCGCUGAGAAGACGAGCCGUCUGCAGAUCAACUACUACGCAGCCGUCGGGGCGGCGCCCUCGUCCGUGUACAAGAUAUCCCCAUCGCUUCCGGGAGGCGCUGAGGAGACCCCCGCGGCCCCCGACGCCCCCGCCGAGACGGACGCCCCGCCGGCCGACGGAGAAGAGGCGGCGGAUGGAGAGGAUGAGGGGGAAGAGGGCGGCAGCGCCAUCACUGGAGAGGCGACCCUGAACGAGGACCAGGGAUUUGUGCUGUCCUGGGAGCUGAUGGGGGAAGAAAUCACGUUCACGCUUGAGAUGGACGGCGAGGGCUUCAUGGGGAUCGGCGUCCCGGGCGCCGACAAAAACAUGCAUCAGGCGGACAUCAUCCUGGCGGUGGCCGACGGCGGCAGCUGCGAGGUGGGCGACUACUGGUCCGAGACAUUUGCGCAGCCGAGCCUGGACGGGGACGUGGGAGGGGAGGACAGCCUGACGGCCACGGCGUGCGAGAUCGCGGGCGGGCACAUGAAGGCCACCUUCACGCGGAGCCUGCUGGGGACGGACGACUCGGACAGGGACAUCCCGUCGCAGGGCUUCUCCGUCAUCUACGCCUUCCACGAGGCUGCGGGGGGCCUGCAGUACCAUGGCACCAGGAGGUGA